AUGGGUUGUUGUUGCUGUGGAAAAGGCGGAUUGCUAUUGUUGGUGCUUUUGGCAGCUGUUGGAGUCUAUCUAUGGACACAGCCAAAACAAAAGAUUGAAAUUUCCGAAAAUGGAUGGUAUGGAAAGGGAAAAAUGGGGAAAGACGAUGAAACGAUAAAAGCAUUCAAAAUAAAUGUGCCUGAAGAGGUUUUAACGGACCUCAAAACCCGUCUCUCACAAGCUCGGAUCUCCCACGAGACUCUCGAAGAUUCCGACGAUUUCCAAUACGGUUUUAACUCUCAUUAUCUCAAGGAAGUGAAAGACUAUUGGCAAAAUAAAUACGAUUGGAGAAAACAUGAAGCAACGCUGAAUGCAUUCACUCAAUUCACAACGCAAAUCGAGGGGAUGAAGAUUCAUUUCAUUCACUCGAAACCAGCGGCUGGUUACAAGAAAAUCUAUCCAUUGUUGAUCGUUCACGGAUGGCCGGGAAAUGUUCAAGAGUUCGUUAAAAUCAUCCCGAUGCUCAACGAUCCGAAGAAAUUCGGUUUCGAUUACGAUUUCGCUUUUGAGGUGAUCGCCCCGUCGAUUCCCGGAUACGGAUUCUCGGAGUGUCCGAAGAAAACGGGUUUCUCUCAAGUCGAGUGUGCUCGAGUCUUUCACAAGCUGAUGAAUCGAUUGAAUUUCAAGAAAUAUUAUAUUCAAGGCGGUGAUUGGGGCUCGGUGGUCACGUCAAACAUGGCUCGGAUGUACAAAAAUGAAAUUCUUGCACUCCACUUGAAUAUGAACAGCGCUUUCCCGAGCGGAAUCGGUCUCGUCAAGGCGGUUCUCGGCUCGUUUACGCCAAAAUUGUUUUUCUCCUCUCCAAACUAUCAAAACUUCAACUUAUUUGAUCUGAAAUUCACUCUUGACGAGGUGUUAACGAUUGUGACAAUCUAUUGGGUACAAGGGAAUAUCGUGAAUUCACAGCGUUUCUACAAGGAAUUCUUCUUGGAUACGAGGAACGAUUUGUUGUCAAAAGAAUACUGUGAAGUCCCGACUGCACACAGCAAUUUCGGGCAUGAACCAUUCGACAAGAUUCCCGAAGAGAUCAUGAAGCACUCGUUCAACCUCCAAUACCGACGUGAGCAUCCCGAUGGAGGGCAUUUUGCCGCUUACGAGCUUCCAAAGACUCUGGCCAGUGACAUCUUCGAGUUCAUUCGACAACAAACCACCCCGAAAGCGAAGAAAACUGACGAGUUG